UUUAAAGUGCUUCAUAAAUAAAGUUGUGUUGAGCGGAUAGUCAUUUUUUCAUUAUAUAUCUAUAUACGUUCAUUUAUCAAUUCCAGCAAUGUCAAAUGGCAAGCAGAACAAUUAAAUGCUCUUCUCCGAGAAGGCAAAAGUUACACUCCAUUUAGUUAACAUGUGCAUCCACUUGGAGGAAUUUUGUUUUCUAUUUGGAUGGUAUGUCCCAAUACACUAUAGAUUUGCAACACUGCUUUAGGGCAAUUAAAAGUGGUGUUGGCUGGGUGUGUGUGUGCUCACACAUUCACAAUCCAAACUUUCAAAAUUCUGUCAAACAUUGGAACACUAAUGAGGAUGCGGAACGCCAACGGCACGAAAGCACUCGGGUAUAAUUCCGUUUAGUCACUCUCUUCAUUAUGAAAUGGUCACGCUACCGACUGACAUGGCUUAAUUUUCAGAAAGGAACAUUACAAACCAAAAAGAUUUUCGCCUUUGUUUUCCUCUGAUAAAACCUACAAAUGGAUGAAACGGACACUUUGCAAAAGAACACAACGGAUAUUAAUUUAAGUGAUCUCAAAAAUGAAAAGAAGAAAAAAGAGGAAAAGAUACCCACAGUUGGCCCAAUUGGACUGUUCAGGUUUGCAAAUGGCUUCGAUAUUGUGCUGAUCGUCAUUGGGACCGUGAUGUCGAUUGUUCAUGGGCUUUUCUUCCCCUUAAUGUGUAUUUGUUUUGGGAAAGUGGCGGACUCGUUUAUACUCCACUCAGUAUUACCUCAAAUGAACACCAGCCAUGCCAAUUCCUCCUUGCUAAUUGUGAACAGCACCUUGCAGGAGGAUGUAAAUAGUUUGGUCAUCUACUAUGGCAUCGCGGGGACGUUGGUUAUUGCGGCUUGCUACAUGCAAGCAGCUUUCUUUGCACUGGCUGCCGGACGACAAGUCAAAAGCAUUCGCAAGCAAUUUUUCCACAGUGUCAUGCGACAGGACAUCAGCUGGUUCGACGUCAACGAGACGGCAACACUCAACACUUGUCUCGUUGAUGACGUCUAUAAGAUCCAAGAGGGUAUAGGAGAUAAGCUGGGAAUGCUGAUCCAGUCCUUUUCCACUUUAAUCAUAUCCAUCAUCAUUGCUUUAAGCAAAGGAUGGAAAUUCGCUCUUGUCAUCUUGGCCACCUGCCCCUUGGUGGGCUUGUCAGCUGCGCUUUUUAGUAAGGUGCUGUCAUCAUUCGCUUCGAAAGAACAGGCUGCUUACGCCAGAGCAGGUGCGGUGGCACAGGAGGUGCUUUCUGCCAUCAGGACUGUGUUUGCCUUCAGUGGUCAGAAAAGAGAGAUCGAGAGAUAUCGCAAGAUUUUGGAAGAUGCAAAGAAAAUGGGAAUGAAGAAGAUGAUAAGUUCAAACUUGAUUAUGGGCUUUACUCUCAUGAUGACCAAACUGUCUUAUGCUCUGGCCUUCUGGUACGGGAGUACACUCAUUUUGACAAAAGAUAAAGAAUACAGCAUUGGAACUGUACUCACAGUUUUAUUCGCUUUGCUCAUUGGGGCAUUCGCCUUGGGAGAGACCACACCUAACGCUGAGGCAUUUGUCAUUGCCCAAGGAGCUGCACACCAAGUUUACAAGAUCAUUGACAGUAUACCGAGCAUUGACAGCUACUCAGAGAGCGGCUUCAAGCCUGACUCGAUCAGUGGAAAUAUCGAGUUCAAGAACAUCCACUUUAACUACCCCUCAAGGCCAGAAGUUCAAGUAUUAAACAACAUGUCCCUGAGUGUGAAGAGUGGGCAGACCAUUGCCUUAGUGGGAAGCAGCGGCUGCGGUAAAAGCACCACCAUCCAGCUGUUGCAGAGGUUCUACGAUCCUCAGGAGGGAUCUAUAUCAAUUGACGGCCAUGACAUCCGUUCUCUCAAUAUCCGCUACCUGAGAGGGAUGAUUGGCGUGGUGAGUCAAGAGCCCGUCUUAUUUGCCACCACCAUAGCCGAGAACAUCCGAUACGGCCGAACUGACGUGACGCAGAACGAGAUUGAGCAUGCUGCAAAGGAGGCCAACGCUUACGACUUCAUCAUGAACCUUCCCGAAAAGUUCGAAACGCUGGUUGGGGACCGAGGGACUCAGAUGAGUGGAGGACAGAAGCAGAGAAUUGCAAUCGCUCGAGCGCUCGUACGUAACCCCAAAAUCCUUCUGCUGGACGAAGCAACAUCCGCCCUUGAUGCUGAGAGUGAGACUGUUGUGCAGGAUGCGCUCGACAAGGUUCGACUGGGUCGUACCACCAUAAUUGUGGCCCAUCGUCUCUCAACUAUCAAGAAUGCUGACAUGAUUGCUGGCUUCCAAAAUGGAACGGUUGUAGAGCUGGGGACUCAUGACCAACUGAUGGAAAGAAAUGGCGUUUAUCAUACUCUCAUUAGUACGCAGACAUUUCAGAAAGGUGCGGAUAAGGAUCAGCAAAAUGGUAUGCCGAAUAAAAAGAGCCCAGCGGCCAAAACGUCCUCUGAGUCUUCCGCAUGUAGGAGAAAGUCGAUAAAUUCUUCCUUGACUGGUUUGCACCAAAACAAAGAGAGUGAGAAGUUGGUGGAUGAAAAAGGCAACAAAGAGGAGGAUGGAAAUGGGCCGCCUUUUUCCUUACUUCAAGUGAUGCGUUUCAACCUUCCUGAGUGGCCUUACAUUUUGUUGGGGAUCAUCUGUGCUGCCACCGUUGGAAUAUUCCAGCCGAUGUUUGCGCUCAUCCUCUCAAACUUCAUCGGUGUGUUUACCAGUAUUGAUCAAGACGUGAUGAAAAAGAACGCAGAACACCUUUGUCUUUUGUGCACUAUUCUUGGAUUUGUAUCCUUUUUUGUCAAGUUUCUACAGGGUUUCUGUUUUGAUAAAUCUGGAGAGAUUCUGACAUUGAAACUGAGACUUGCAGCUUUCACAGCCAUGAUGAGGCAGGACCUCGGCUGGUUUGAUGACCCCAAAAACAGUGUUGGUGCGCUCAUAACAAGGCUGGCUACAGAUGCCGCUCACGUACAAGGGGUUACAGGACAACAUUUGGCCACAAUGGUCCAGAUUGCGACAAAUAUGGGCACCAAUUUAAUCAUGGCGUUUCUGCAUGGCUGGCAGCUGACCCUCCCCAUGCUGGUGGUAGUGCCAAUCUUGAUUGCGGCUGGCAUGUUAAGGAUGCAGAUGAUAACUGGAACAGCAGCUAAGGACAAGAAGGAGCUGGAGAAGGCUGGAAAGACCGUUACAGAAGCAAUCGAGAAUAUCCGGACAGUUGCAUCGCUAACCAGAGAACCCACGUUUGAAUCUUUGUAUGAAAAUAACCUCCAGGUUCUUUUCAAAAAUGCAGAGAAAAGGGCCCAUGUCCAUGGUGUAGUCCUUGGCAUAUCCAACGGUGUGCUUUGCUAUGGUUAUGCAGUAUGCUUCUCAUUUGGAGCUUGGCUCGUUGCGCACGGCCAGAUGGACGUUCAGGCAGUAUUUCUAGUGUUGCUGGCAAUUGUAUAUGGUUCAAUAGCUGUUGGAGAAGCCCAUUCCUUUUCUCCAAACUAUGCAAAGGCCAAAUUAUCAGCUGCUCACAUCAUGAUGCUUCUGGACAGACAGCCUGCUAUUGAUAAUCUCUCACAUGAAGGACAGUCAUUGGACCAAUUUGAUGGUAAUGUGCAAUUGGAGGGUGUGAAGUUUAACUACCCCUCACGCCAUGACGUACCCGUCCUUCGAGGGCUGAAUCUGAAAGUGAGCAAGGGAGAGACAUUGGCCCUGGUCGGAAGCAGCGGCUGUGGAAAAAGCACCAUCUUCCAGCUUCUGGAGAGGUUCUACGACACCACGCAAGGGAACGUGACGUUUGAUUCUGUAAAUGUGAAAGAGCUGAACAUCCACUGGCUGAGGUCUCAGAUAGGCAUGGUGUCCCAGGAGCCUGUGCUCUUUGACUGCAGCUUGGCUGAGAAUAUCGCCUACGGAGACAACAGUCGGACUGUAACCGUAGAAGAGAUUAAGGCAGCUGCUGAGAAAGCCAACAUUCACAGCUUCAUAGAAAAAUUGCCAAAGAAGUAUGACACUCAGGCAGGCGAUAAGGGGACCCAGCUGUCAGGUGGUCAGAAACAACGAAUCGCCAUAGCCCGAGCGAUCCUUCGUAACCCCAAACUGUUGCUUCUGGAUGAGGCCACGUCAGCACUCGACACUGAGAGCGAGAAGGUGGUGCAAGAGGCGUUGGACAAAGCUCGGCAGGGCAGGACGUGUAUCGUCGUAGCCCACCGUCUGUCCACCAUCCAAAAUGCAGACCGCAUCGCCGUCUUUCAGGGAGGAGAAGUGGUUGAGCAAGGGACUCAUCAGCAGCUGCUAGCCAAAAAGGGCGUCUACCACAUGCUGGUCACUACUCAGCUGGGCUACGGGAGUGAAUGAGGAGACUCAACGGUAAUUCAGUGAAUUACCGUGGGGUGGGAAAUCGAGAUAUUCACUUUGCUGAGAGUAUUGGACUAUUCACAAGUCAGUCACAGGACUGCCAUACAAUAAAUGCAUGUUUUUGGACUGUGGAAGGAAGUCAAUAUACACUUCAUGCUUUGUGUCCUGUAUUGUAUCCAAUAAGGGCGACAAGCAGAUCAAUACAUUUCAGUUAAAUAAUGUCAAGUGUAGUGUCUUAAAACAGCUUUAAUGCCUCACUCUGUGUGCUUCAAGGUUAACUAUGCACCUUACUAAAGCAAACUUACCCAACUUCUUCAAAUAUUGACAUCAAUUUAAAUAAAUCCCAGGGUGAGUCACCCACCGUACUUCAAAGUAAUAAUAACACUCGCGGCACCAGGUGGAUGUGUGACAAGUCUCGCAGUAGAUGUUUGUGACCACAACAGUCACAAUGUUUUAAAUCUUCACUCAGCCGUUUAGAAUGAUUUGCAGAAAUACAUACAUUUGUAUACUGCUAAGUUAUUAGAAUGUAUCAGUUCAAUCAUAGUGUUUUAUUCAUUGUUACAAAAAUACAUUUUCACAUAAGUGCCUCUUCUGUUUAAAAAAAAAAAGAGGAAAAAAAACACCUAACCUCUGAUAAAUGUCACUUUAGUCUGUGCAGUUGAGUAAGUCAAAGCAGCUGACCGCUACUUGAGGUGAUUAGUGUUCAUCAAAUUUUCUUGGUAUGUCAGCAGAAUGUUAUUAAUCACCCUGGCUAAUGUUUGAGGCCUUUGUUGAGAAAAAAAAGUAAGCAUUCAUGGUUACCACUUAAAAUCUAAAACAGUUAUCCGAGCAAUAUACGCAUUCAACAACAACUUCCACAAAAAAACAAGUCAUUCUUAACAGUUGCAUUGUUUGGUGCUAUGUGCAAACACUCUACUAUUCACGUUUGCGGAAGAAGAGGAGAUGUGUCAGUGGGAGGCACCGAACGGAAAGCUCCCCUGCCUUUCGGUGCCAGUGAGUACUUAAAGUUGAGAUGUGGUCGCCAGGUGAAACAUGUCAUGCAUGGAGUUACAGAAGUUGUUGAAAAACGUUGCAGCGUCUGUCUGACGGCAAGAUUUCCAUGCUGAGACGGAGAUCACAAUCCUGCAA